AUGCACGUCUCCAUUAUCUCAGCGAUUGCAGGCCUCGUCGCCGCCGGAGCCGUCAGCGCCUGUGCUUGCACGAACAACGCCGACGCGGGCCGCUGGGUGGACAGCUCGUCCCCAGGCGCCGUGGCGGCCGACUUGGCAACCGAGGGCGGUGGCUGCCGCUCGGGGUCGGAGCAGGGCUAUAUGUGUGUCUCCAUCACCAACCCGAACGAGUCGAUCGAGGAGUGCAUGGCCAACUUCGCCAUUAAUGCGCAGAGCUACCAUAGCGACUGGUUUCUCUGGACCUCGAUUGACUGCACGGAUGGUGAUAGCACUGCCACCCUCAGCAUCACCGGCAGUGCGCCAGCUUGA